AUGGCGUUAUCUUUCCUUCACCAAACAAAGCCAGAACCUCUGGUUCACCGUGACCUAAAACCAGCCAAUAUACUAAUAGAUAGAAACUAUGUGAGCAAGAUCAGUGACGUUGGAUUAGCUCGGUUAGUCCCUGCGUCAGUGGCUAAUAACGUCACGCAAUAUCACAUGACAUCUGCGGCAGGAACGUUCUGUUACAUAGACCCUGAGUACCAGCAAACGGGGAUGUUAGCGACGAAAUCAGAUAUAUACUCGUUAGGGAUAAUGCUGCUUCAGAUCAUCACUGCUAAGAGUCCAAUGGGCUUGGCUCAUCAUGUGUCGAGGGCAAUCGAUAAAGGAACUUUCAAGGAUAUGCUUGACCCGGUCGUGACUGAUUGA